AACAGAGAAAAACUCCUGCUGAAGCGACUGAUCUCCACACUGUUAUAAAGAUGGCGUUUAUUAAAGAGGAGAGUGAAGAUGUGAAGAUUGAAGAAACAUUCCGAGUCAAACAUGAAGAUCUGCAGGAACAAACAGACCUAAUUGAAGAGAAUGAGGGGAGUAAAGAGGAGGAACAUCAUGUCAAAAUUGAGGAAAAAACUCAUUUACAGACUGAUAGUAUUUUGAAAAGGAGAGACAAGAAUCGUUUCACCUGCACCUGCACUCAGUGUGGAAAGAGUUUUGGAAGAAAAGGCAAUCUUAAGAUUCACAUGAUGAUCCACACUGGAGAGAAACCAUUCACAUGCACUCAGUGUGGAAAAAGUUUCAGCCAAUUAUCAUCCCUUAAUCAACACAUGAGGAUCCACACUGGAGAGAAACCAUUCACUUGCACUCAGUGUGGGAAGAGUUUCAGCCAAUCAUCAUCCCUUAAUCUACACAUGAAGACCCACACUGGAGAGAAACCAUUCUCAUGCACUCAGUGUGGGAAGAGUUUCAGCCAAUCAUCAUCCCUUAAUCCACACAUGAUGAGCCACACUGGAGAGAAACCAUUCACAUGCACUCAGUGUGGGAAAAGUUUUCACUGCUCUUCACACCUUAAUCAACACAUGAGGAUCCACACUGGAGAGAAACCAUUCACUUGCACUCAGUGUGGGAGGAGUUUCAGCCAAUCAUCAGACCUUAAUAAACACUCGAAGACCCACACUGGAGAGAAACCGUUCACAUGCACUCAGUGUGGGAAAAGUUUUCACUGCUCUUCAUACCUUAAUCAACACAUGAGGAUCCACACUGGAGAGAAACCAUUCACUUGCACUCAGUGUGGGAGGAGCUUCAGCCAAUCAUCAUCCCUUGAUCAACACAUGAGGAUCCACACUGGAGAGAAACCAUUCACUUGCACUCAGUGUGGGAGAAGUUUCAGCCAAUCAUCAUCCCUUAAUCAACACAUGAGGAUCCACACUGGAGAGAAACCAUUCACAUGCACUUAG